GCGCCCGAGUCCGGCCGAGCCGAGCCGAGCCGAGCCGGCGGGGCGGAGAUGGCGGCGGCGGAGCUGCAGGGGAAGUACCAGAAGCUGGCCCAGGAGUACUCCAAGCUGGACUCACACAUGUCAAAUGAAUACAAACUGCCUUUGAAGAAGCCAGGAUUCAAGCAAUUUUCAAGGAGUGGGAAGAUGGAACUGUCAGUAUCCUCAUUGCCGCAGGGUAGAGCUUCGUGCUCAGAACCAAGUCCUGAAAAAGGGAGUUGUAGAUGAGCAAGCAAACUCUGCCUCGCUGAAGGAACAACUGAAGAUGAAGGAUCAGUCACUGAGGAAACUGCAACAAGAAAUGGACAGCUUGACCUUUCGAAAUCAGCAACUUGCCAAGCGGGUGGAGCUACUUCAAGAUGAACUUGCAUUAAGUGAAGCUCGGGGCAAAAAGAACAAGAAAAGUGUGGAAUCCUCAUCUCAGCUGAGUCAAGAACAGAAAAGUGUCUUCAAUGAAGAUCUUCAGAAGAAAAUAGAAGAAAAUGAACGACUGCAUAUACUUUUCUUUGAAGCAGAUGAGCAGCACAAACGUUUGGAAGCAGAGCUGAGGAGCAGACUGGAGGUUUUGGAAACAGAUGCUGCCCAGCACCAAGCUGUGGUGGACAGCUUAACAAAGAAAUACACGGAGACCAUAGAAAAGCUGCAGAACGAUAAAGCCAAACUAGAAAUCAAGUCUCAGACACUAGAAAGAGAAGCUAAGGACUGUAGGCUUCGAACUGAAGAAUGCCAGCAACAGCUAAAGAAUCUUCAAGCAGCUUUGGGCAGUAGACUGGAAGAAUCUCUAUGCAUAAUUAAUGAAAAAGUACCUUUUAAUGACACAAGAUCAGCUCGAUACAAUGCUCUGAAUGUACCAUUGCACAACAGAAGGAAUCAGCUGAAGCUGCGAGACCUUGCUGGCCAGGCCGUGGCUUUUAUCCAAGAACUUGUAACAGCUCUCCUGAACUUCCACACAUACACUGAGCAGAAGGUACAGAUCUUCCCCAUUGAUUCUGCAACAGACACAAUAUCACCCUUGAAUCAGAAGUUCUCACAGUAUCUCCAUGAAAACGCUUCCUAUGUUCGCCCUCUGGAGGAAGGAAUGCUGCACUUGUUUGAGAGCAUCACGGAGGAUACUGUGACAGUCCUGGAAACAACGGUGAAAUUGAAGGCCUUCUCAGAACAUUUAGGUUCCUACUUAGGCUUUUUAAGAAAGAUUCUCCCUUAUCAGUUAAAAAGUUUGGAAGAAGAGUGUGAGUCUUCUCUUUGCACAGCUGCUUUAAGAGCUAGAAAUAUGGAGCUGCACAGAGACAUGAAAAGGUUGACUGCAGUCUUUGAGAAGCUCCACACGUACGUCAGUCUUCUGGCCUUACCAAGUACAAGACCAGAAGGACUCCUUAGGACAAAUUACAACUUUGUGUUUACAAACAUCGCUGCAAGUCUUCAUGGAUUCCAUGACAUUUUAAAAGAUAUUUCCAAGCACUAUAGUCAGAAAGCUGCUUUAGAACAGGAAGUUCCAACUGCCACACAGAAACUCAUAACUACAAAUGACUGUAUUUUAUCCUCUGUUGCUGCUUUAACAAAUGGAGCAGGCAAGAUGGCCUCGUUCUUCAGCAACAACUUGGAUCACUUCAGCGCCUCGUUGAGCUAUGGCCCCAAGGGAGGAGCAGAGUUCAUCAGCCCUCUCUCAGCUGAGUGCAUGCUGCAGUACAAGAAGAAGGCAGCUGCUUAUGUGAAGUCCUUGAAGAAGCCUUGUGCAGAUUCAGUGCCUUAUGAAGAGGCUUUAGCCAAUCGCAGAGUUCUACUGAGUUCUACAGAAAGCAGGGAAGGUCUUGCACAACAGGUCCAGCAGAGUUUGGAGAAAAUUGCAAAACUUGAACAAGAAAAAGAACACUGGAUGUUGGAGGCUCAGCUGGCUAAAAUUAAGCUGGAGAAAGAAAACCAAAAACUGAAGAACUCUCUUAGUGGACAUUUAACUGAAACUAUCCAGGAGCAUUCAGUUCUGCCAAAUAUAGCAGAACAAAAGAAGGAAACCACAGAAAAGAGUCUGAGGGAACCUAUUAAGAGCACCAGUCUGAUUGGAAUGUUGACUGUAACUACUGAUAAUGAAAAGGCUCCAGAUGCUGAGUCUCGUGAAGACCUGAUAAAAACUCACUACAUGGCCAGGAUAGCAGAGCUGACCUCUCACCUGCAGCUUGCCGACAGCAAAUCAGUGCACUUCCAUGCUGAGUGUCGAGCACUUGCCAAAAGACUUUCUCUGGCAGAGAAGUCCAAGGAAUCGCUCACGGAAGAGUUGAAGCUCGCCAGUCAAAACAUCACCAGAUUGCAGGACGAAUUGAUGACGACAAAGAGGAGCUACGAGGACCAGUUAAGCAUGAUGAGUGACCACCUGUGCAGCAUGAAUGAAACCUUGACAAAGCAAAGGGAAGAGAUUGAUACACUAAAGAUGACCAGUAAGGGGAAUUCUAAAAAGAACAAAAAUCGAUAGUUUACAGCUGAGUCUUGGGAAGCUGCUGCUGCACAGGAUGCAGAUAGUGACCAUUCUUUAUCCAGUUCCUGUUUGUUCCAGGAAGCUGAGGCUGGUUUUGGGUCUAGUAAAAACUGAAUUGGUACUGUAAAUGGCUUAAAAAUAUUUAGAACUUGUAACAGAUAAAACAACUUAAUGUUGGCUCUAAACGAGGAAAUACACACUCUGUGGAUAAUUUAUAUAGUAAUUACCUUCAGUUUUUACUGUGCACUUUUUAAAACCAGGUUUUGAUUUCAUGUAACAACUUCAGAUUUUGUAUAUUUUCAAAUAUGUUUCUGCAUUAACAGAUUUGGAUCAGUGCAGUAGGUGUCUAUUUUUGAGUUCUGCGUUUAAUGGUCAGCACAUGGACAUUCCAUUACUUGUUAAUAACAGUUUAAAAAUGAGUUUGGAGACUUUUUUUGGCCAUGCAAGCUGUGCAGUUACUGUAAAUGUACUACUCCUGUUCUCAACCCUCUAGAAUUAAUUGGAACUGUGGCUUGAAAUGAUUUUUACAAAUUCACCAAAUACAUGGGAUCAUUGUUAGACUGCAACAGUGGAAACCUUUCCUGCUUGUAUUUGGCACUUUGGAUUUUGAGGUAAGGAGCACAAAUGGCUGAAUUGGGUUACUUCAGUGAAAUUGCUUUAAGCCAUUUCUGUAACCUUUUGUUUACACAUGUAUGUAAAUAUAUAUUGUUUGAAAUAGCUGUUUAAGGCUAGAGGAAACUGUGAUUGUCAUUUGCCCUAAAAGAGUGAAACAGUGUGUGUAGAAUAGAUCAGCUUACUGUGCUCUCUUACAGUAAAGAAGAAUAUGAAAUGUGUAGAAGAUUUAAGCACUGAAUUUGCAAAAGGUCUUCAUGGAAUUGAGUUGUGAUGGAUUCACUGGGGGAUGCACAUGCUUUUCCUGUGUUUUCAGAAGUUUGUGAACUUUAGGCCGCUCCUAAAUUUUGGUUUUUUAAUUUUUUUUUCAAGUGAAGUUUAAUAUCACAAGUUUUCACAGCACUGAUUUGUUCUUGGGGGUGGGGUUUGUUGGGUUGAAUUUUGAUUGGUUGUUUAUUUGGGGAUUUUUUUGUUGGUUUUUUUUUUUUAAUCAGAUGCUGUGCUGCUCCAUACUUUUUACACCAGUCUUCUGUUCCAUAAUUUCCAUUAUGGCACUUAUUUGUCCCACAGGGGUUUACUCUGAUAUCAGAUGUGCUGAAAUGUAUUAUCAGUAUGUAAUAAUAAAAUCAACCACAUGAAA